AUGACCACCUUAGAUGAAAAUCUUCUUAUUUGUCAAUUCUAAACCUAAGUUGAUCAACUUUAUAGGUCGAUGAAUCAAGAACUCUUGAUUAAUCUAUUUCAUCUAGCCAAUCAAACAAAAAAUGAAUUAACAUUAUAAAUCAUUGGAUCGCUUAUUGCAACAUAUAUAGAUACCAAUCAUCAAGAGAUCACCUGCUUUGAAACCAUUUAUCAAGGGGUUUUUCAAAUCAUAAAAAAAUAAAAUUCUACUUCAAAACCAGUUUACCAUUUUUUAGGCUCAAUUCUAGCUACAAUAAUUUUUCAUUUCUAAGAUAGACUUCCAACAAACUCGUUUACACUAUGUAUCCAAGACCUCUUUAACUCUAAGCCAAUUGCAGCCUUUGCUAUUCUAGAAGCUGUUAUUAGAAGAUUAACACCCAAUCAUAAAUUACAUAAAUAAGCAGUGAUCACUCUUGAUUCCUAACAUAGAGCUGUUAAAAAUUACUUCUAUAAGAAUAAUCUUGAGUUAUUACUAAACAGCAUUAUGCUGAUAUUAAAGAAUAACUAUGUUGAUUUGAUUGAUAAAGCCAUUGAUUUGUUUAGUUUUAUAAUUGAAGGCGAAUUUAUUACAGACAUUAAAGAAAAAGAUUUUCACAAGCUAAGGAGAGCUGACAUUAGAAAUAACAACUCAUUAUAAUGCCAAUUAUCAAGAUUCAACCCUUGCAUCAUAGAAGCUGAGAUUUAGUAAUUGAUGAUAGAAAACUCAAACAUAUAAUGGGUGGAUCCUACGCGCUCAGAUAUUAAAAGAUUAUGGACGAAUAUCCUUGAUCCAGAAUUCAUCUCGUUACUGCUCAGAUUAUUACCAUAAUGCAACAUUUUAUGGAAUGUUUUAGGUAAAAUUUGUAAAAUAUUUAAAAAACAUUUCCCUAAAGAUCAGAAAUCUUAAGAUCUCAUUCUUUAUAUGACUCAAGAAGUCUAGAAACUCAACCCUAUUUAAUUGGAUGUUGUAAAUCUCUUGAAAUUUUCAUGUAGAACAAUUUUCGCUAAUACCAAUUAAGAUUGGCUUAUCUUUAAUAUGCAAUUAUUUUCUAAAGCGAAUACAAUUGAAUAACAAGUUCAAGUGUUUCGAUUUUUACGAGAAAUUUGCCGAUAUUACAGGCAGGUCCCUAAUUUUAAUAAAGAAUACUUCAAUCAAAUCUUUAUUCAGAUUAUUUAUAACUUUUUUAGCAAUUGGGUAUUGGCUGAAAACGAAAUUUUGGGCACAGAGCACUAGUACUACCAAAAUAUUAGAUACAAUAUCAAAGUUAUCACAUAAUUUAUUAACAAAAAUUACUUUUAAUUUUUUUAAUAAUAUAUCGCUUAAAAUUUGAAUAAUCUCAAGGUAGUUGUUCAUGCGUUUGAUUUUUUGUUACUUGGGUUCAAAAGUUUAGUUUACUCUACAUCAUAUUAAUUAGAUGUAUUAGUAAAAUUGCGUCAUUAUCAAAGUAUGGAUAGGUUUCUGCAUCCUUUUGAUCUUGAUUCCUUUAACCAAUUUAAUUAUUAGUCCUUUUUUAUAGAACUAAUUGAUAUUCUUUGGAAAAUCAAUGCUCAUUUGUAAGCAAAUGGAAUAUAAACUAAGUUUUACUAAAAUCUUUGGGCAGCCUUAUUUGAUUCCGAACUUCUUAUUAAAUUUGAACCCAUCAUGCAAUAAAUACAAAUUGAUCGGAAACAUUUUUUUGAUUUUACACAAUUAUUAACAAUAUCUGAUGCAAACUUACUCAAAAAAAGCCUAAAAUUAAUUAGUAGGUCCAAAAUAAGAUUUGAAAAAGACGAGAAUUACAAUACAUAUACUUGCACUAUCAAUAAUAUUAUUGUGCCAACUGAAUGCUUGAAUAUUUUCGAUCAUUUUUAACUGAUUUAAGACAGAGAGCUGUAAGAACUCUAUUAUAGUAUUAAAUGUUGCAUUUAUAAUGCUCAAUAUGAGGCUUUCUAUAAUUCUGAAGAUUGUGACGAUUUGCUCAAUAAAUUAUUAAUGGGUUUGAAUAGUUUUUUGACUAAUUUGUAGGAUAUUUAAUAAGUUUUGCUUAUUUUCAAAAGCUUGCUAAAUUCUAAUGGAAGAUUCUUAUAUAAAUAGAUUCUGACUAUGAUGUGGGAAUAGUAAAGAUUUCUCUAAUUUAAAUAAUUAUUAUAAUUAAAUCCUCUUUCUACAAGUUCAAUUAUUCUAUUAUCAUUCACAAAAUAAAUGAUAAGCAUGGAUUCAGUCAAAUCCUUACGAAGCCAAAUUGUUGAUGAAGUUUAUGAAUGGAUCUACAUCUUAUCAAAUUACUACAUUGAUUGGCUAACCAGAAAUAAUAUUGAUUUUAAUCAGGAAAGAUAACUAGGAGAGAAAAGUGAAAAAAAAGUAUACUAAGUGUAUUAUAGACCUAUUAGAAAAUUGCUUAAAAUAUUUGUUAAUUUGAAAAAUAUGAGGUAAUGUUUAACAAGUAGAGUUAAGUUAAAAGAGCAAGUUUUCCAAUUAAUUUACAAACUCUUACAUCUGAUAAAUUUAAAUGAUCUUAAUGUUCUCAUUCAUAAGAUGGAGCCUUUAUAUAGAGUUUGCUUAUGGAUUGUUGAAAUCGAACUUGCAAGUAACAAGAUGAAUCCUAAUGACUUACAAUUAAUACUUGAGAUUGCCAACAAGGCUAUUAGAAUAUAAGAAAAGUAGACUUUAACCUUAGCUAUUAAAAUAUUUGAAAAUUUGAAAGAAAAUUCAGAUAUCUUAAAGACACAUUAUGUAUAAAUUUACGAAUUAAUUAGAUUCUUGUUCAAUAAAUUUUGGAAGAUUUAUUAAUAACUGCUUACGUUUAUAAUUAAAAGUUGUAAGAAAUUGGAAAAAUCUUAUAUAAUCAUUUGAAAAAGUAACCAAAUUUAUUUGAUUAAUUAUUUCUUUCCAUUUAAAAACGAGUUAUCCAACAAAAGUCACCACUAUGGCAACAAUAAUUUAUUCAAAAAGCAUCUAUUUUGAAAUAACAACUUUAUCAAAAGUAGGAACAAUUUACUGAUUCUUUUGUCCAACUACAGAUGCUUUACAAUUACCUAUAAUGA